AUGUCGCUCGCAUCCGGUGUCCAGAUUCAGGAUGACUGCAUCACUGCCUUCCAAGACUUCAGCCGGAGCCACGGCAAGACCAAGUACAUCAUCUACAAGAUCGCCGACGACAAGAAGUCCGUGGUCGUAGACUCAGUCGGCAAGGACCAGGACUACGAAGUCUUCCGCAACGAGCUCGCCGAUGCCAAGGACAGCCAGGGCCGCGCCUCCCCCCGUUACGCCGUCUACGAUGUCGAGUAUGAGAUUCCCGGUGAGGGAAAGAGAAGCAAGAUUAUCUUCAUCUCCUGGGUGCCUAGCGAGACCCCCACUCUCUGGUCCAUGAUCUACGCCAGCACCCGCGAGGUUCUCAAGAACGCUCUCAACGUCGUCACUUCCAUCCACGCCGAUGACAAGUCCGAUAUCGAGUGGAAGACAGUCCUGAAGGAGGCCAGCGGUGGCAAGGCAUAG